UUAGCCCUAAGUCUGAUAUUUCUCUCGUCUUUCUUCUGCCAAAUUGAAACCCAAAGAUUUUCGUGAGCCAUAUCCAGAGGCCUGCCUCAAAACAAAGCCACAGUUGGGGUCUCUAACCAUAACUAUAGUAUAGAACCACCAUGACUCAUCAUGAGGAGAACAUGUCGGUUGACCAAAUCUGGACUGUUGUUCUUGACAACCAUUUUCCUGACCAGAGGGAGCCCGGCUUUUGCGUUAACGGUCUUUUAUCGGUCACUGGGAGCAUCAUUGAGGACGCAGCCAAUAACUCCAUCGUUGAUAUUAAUCAGCAGCAAAAAAAUGCACCUGCCCUGACAAUCUCUAACGUCGACGACACCUUCAUCUCUCCAUUGUACCUUCUGAAGUCCAUUAACUGCAAGAUGUCAUCAUGGAACGCUGAUCCACAUGCUAAACAAGUUUCCCUCCAUCAAAGGACUGAAGUAAUAUUGCAAAAGCUAAAACAGUUUUCAUUGGAAGCGAAGGCAGUGCUAACCCUAGCAGCGUUUGCUUUGGAAUAUGGAGAUUUCUGGCAACUUGCCCGGCAGUAUGGCCGAUGUGACAAACUUACCAAGUCAGUGGCAAUCCUUAAGCGAGUCUCGAUCUUUAUCAAACGCAAGGCCUCGGUUGUUGAGCUUAACAAUUUGAUCAUGGAAACAUAUCAUGUGAUUGGUUACAUAGUUAAGCUGGAGGAUCUUCUACACAACAACAAUCCGAAUGAUGUGCCCACAUUGACUACUGCAGGGAGGAAAAUCCCAACGGCAGUGUAUUGGACAAUUUUCACUAUUGUAGCUUGUACGGAUGAGAUCAACCGUAUUACCAAUGACAGGGACGAGCCGGACAAUCUACCCAAGCUUUCCGGGGAGAAAAUCAAUGAACUCGUCAUGGAGCUCAAGGAACAGUAUGACAGAUGUGUGAAAGAAAAAGCGGAGGCAGCUAAGUACUUGUGGAUUUUCAAAGAACUUGUAAUCUGUGAUAACAUCACGAAGGUUAUCAGCACCUUGAUUCUCUACAACGAUACUGAGCAGCCCGUCAUCAGUUGUGAUUCUAAUAACACCAAGAUCGAUGGCGAUACAUUUAUCAAUGAGGUGAGGGGGAAAUAUGUGUUGUUUUAUAUCUCGAGCCUGGAAAAUGUAUCGAAAGAAGAACUUUUGCUGCUCGCUAAUCUGUAUAAAAAAAUCGAUGAAGAGUAUAAAUGCAAGAUUGUGUGGAUCCCCUUUGAGGGUGACUGGACAACUGAAGCCGAAAAAAAAAAGUUGCAGUUUAAGAAAUGGAGUGAGCAGAUGCCGUGGUACGCAGUGCAAUAUUUUUCCUCCCCAUCAUACAUGUACCUCAAGAAAGAGUGGAAAGUCAGGGGAAAUUCCACAGCGGUUUUGAUCAACCCCCAAGGAAAGGUUGAAAACACCAAUGCUCUUACCUUGAUUAAGGAAUUUGGUAUCUAUUUCUUUGCUUUCCUGGAUAUUAAGGUCCCCACAAUGCUUAAGCCAGUAGUGGAUCAUAUUACAAAGGACAAUGACCAACUUUUAAACUCGAUGGAAAACCAAGGGUACACUUUCUUCAUUGGAGGCAACGAGAAAACAACCACCGACUUGUCCAGAAAGAUAACAAAAGCAAAGUUUGCCAUUGACAAAGAACUGAAAAUACAGAUUGAGUUAGCUAGUGUUAGGAAAGAAUCCGAGACUUCGAAGACUUUCUGGUUCGGAAUGGAAAACCUCUUCUUUAGCUUGGCUCACUCUAGCAACGAGUACGAGUACAAGCAGGUGACAAAAGAAGUCCACAAGCUACUUUCUUACAAAGACGAUAUCGACGGAUGGAUUAUGCUUACCAAAGGAUGGACUGUGGUGACCUGUGGUCAAGCUAACACUAUUGUCACAACCCUAGAGAAAUUCUCUGUCUGGAAGCAACACAUAAUUGGGAAGGAAUGGGGAGAUGCUUUCACCAAGUACCAUGACAGUCUUAUAACUGGGAAACAAGGACUCUCCUGCAUCACCUUUCAGAUUGCUGGAAAUGCCCCAAUGCACUUGGACUGCCCAGUCUGUGACGACCCCAUGGAGACCAAGUUGGUCAAAUAUAACUGCUGCCACCCUCGUCUGCAGAAUGCUACCAAUUAAACAAUGUCGUCGUCAUCAAAUAUCCAUGGCUUUGUGUCAUUGGUAAAAAUGAAAGCUUUUCCGUGCUGUUUUUGUUUGUGUGUUUCUGUGAUGUCCGUAAUUGGUUAAAUAACGGGCAAUGUCGUCGUCAUUACAUUAGUAACGUCAGUCUGAUGCCCGGCUGUGCAUUUAAUUUCCAGUGUUCCGUACGAAAUAAGUUGUUCAUCUUUUG